GUGCGCUUCUUCUCUCUUCCCGUUUACCCCUUCCCUCUGUAUUACCAUGUCGGCUCUGCGGUGGUGGACGUGGGUUCUGCGACUGCGGCGCCUCCACGCCUCCGCAUCCGACCCUCCUCCCCGCCUCACCAACUUCUCCCUCCACCCUCCCAACCUCGUAGAGGUUGAAUUUUCUGACGGCCGCGCAUUUCGGCUGUCUGCCGAAUUUCUUAGAGUCUACAGCCCUGCUGCCGACAGCAAAAUAAGAUCAAUCGGUGGCGAGAAGGUAAUAUCUGGACGACGACACGUCGGUAUAAUGUCCGCGGAACCUGUAGGAAAUUACGGAAUCAAGAUUGCCUUCGACGACUUGCAUAAGACCGGGAUCUACACAUGGGAUUACUUUUACCACUUGGGUACCAACAAGUUCGGUCUCAUGAGAAACUAUAUCAAAACCUUGAAGAGACACGGCCUUACCCGGGAUCCACAACUGCGGAAGUGAUCGAGAAGAACUUCAAUCAGAAGUUGGCAGGAUUGCUAAUGUUUUUGUUUUAGUGCAAGUGCGGCCUAGCUUCUAAAAGAGCUUGUCCGUUCCACUAAACAGCAAUCGAGCAAUUCAUCAAAUGAAGAUUUUGGUGUCUUCGCGGCGGAAGAAGGUUGAAAUGAACUUCUAGUGUGAAAAAAGUUGCGCUCCAAUUUGAAGCAGACAGACGACUGUUGGGAAUUUGAUGAAAAAGUAGUUAGUGGUUUUUUUAACAGCCCUAUCCAAAUGGCAUUUCUGUAUGGCUUCAACUCUGUAUAAUCAAUGCACUUUUGGAAGGUCGCUAUUGGAGAGAGGGCGAUGGCCUGACACGGCUGGUUCUCUUCAUGCAUUGUCUUCUCUUACUGAACUAAUUUUGUACAUGAGUGAAUGGUGUAUUGUCUUCCGACGGUACAAUAGUAUUCAUCGAUAAGUUAUAUACCAUUUUUAUGCUUUUGGAUCUA